ACAAGUUUGCCUGCUGUACGCAACACAGCGAAAAAUCUGUAGCCUACUACGUAGAAGAUAUUUCUUUGUGUGAACUCCACACGGAGACCAGCAGCCAAUGCUGAAUAAUACUGUAAUACUCACUAUUGCACCUUGCAUUGUGUGGUCAUCCGAGACUCCUGCAAAUGUGAUUGACUGAUGAGCUAAUUUCAACAAAAACCACACAGAAGUCAGAGCAGCGUUUCCCUCCACACAGAAGACCGAGGCUCCGAUCAAGCAAUCGAUCCCUAAGCAUCUUCUUGGCUGCUCCCUCUGAAAAAAAAACCUUCCUUUGAUCCUCACAGCACAGACAUCAGGCAUAUGCGGGAGAAGGCUGAAUAGGUAUGGCUCCCCUCCAAGUUGUUGUCCUCCUGUCUUUCAUUUGUCUCUGCAAAUCCGACGACCACCUUACUCCCGCAAAGCCGCUCGCCGCCGGCGACAAGCUCGUCUCGGACAAUGGUGUCUUUGCUCUCGGCUUCUUCUCCCCAAAGAACUCAACAAACGACUCGUAUGCCGGCAUAUGGUACAACAACAUCCCUGAGCGCACAUAUGUGUGGGUCGCUAACCGCGACAACCCGAUCACAAAAGCUUCUCCUGGGAAGCUGGUUCUGACCAACAACUCCGACCUCGUCUUGUCUGACUCCCAAGGCCGCGCUCUUUGGACAACCAUGUGCAACUUCACAUCCGGAACCACCGGAACCGCUGCUAUACUGCUUGACUCCGGAAACUUGGUCAUCCGGAUGCCAAACGGCACAGACAUAUGGCAGAGCUUCCAUCACCCAACCGACACCAUCCUCCCCGGCAUGCCUUUACCACUGAGUGCAAAUGAUGAUCUCUACACUCGCCUUGUUGCUUGGAGGGGCCCUGAUGACCCAGCCACCAGCGACUACUCCAUGGGCGGUGACCCUAGUUCGGACCUCCAGGUUGUCAUCUGGAAUGGGACAAGACCGUAUUGGCGCAGAUCUGCGUGGAAUGGUGAAUUGGUCACUGCCUCGUAUCAAGGUAGCACUGGCUUCAUCAUGACCCUAAGAAUUGUCUACAGAGGGGAUAAGUUAUACAUGACAUUCCCCGUCUCCGACGACUCACCAAGCAUGCGAAUGGUGCUGCACUACACGGGCGUGUUUAGGUUUCUGGCAUGGAACAGCAACUCGUCGUCAUGGGAGGUUUUCACAGAGCAGCCAAGUCCUAGCUGUGACCAAUACGCCUAUUGCGGACCAUUUGGCUACUGUGAUGCCACUGAAACAGUUCCGAAAUGCAACUGCCUCAGUGGGUUUGUGCCCGAUGGUGUUAACUUCUCCAGAGGGUGUCGGAUAAAGGAGGAUCUGAAAUGUGGUGGUGGCGAUAAUUUCUUGACCUUCAGAGGUAUGAAGAUACCCGAUAAGUUCGUAUAUGUCAGGAACAGAGGCAUCGACCAAUGCAGAGCAGAGUGCAGCCGUAAUUGCAAUUGCACUGCGUAUGCUUAUGCUAACCUGCAAAAUGGCAGCACGUCUGAUGACGUGUCAAGGUGCUUGAUUUGGUUGGGGGAGCUUGUCGACACAGGAAAGUUUCGUGAUGGCGAGAACCUGUACCUCCGUCUAGCCAGUUCAACAGUUGCCAAAGAGAGUAAUGUAUUGAAGAUUGCACUCCCAGUAAUUGCUACUGGUAUUCUGAUACUCACAUGCGUCAGCCUUGUUUUUUGGAUAUGCAAGUCAAGAGGCAAACGACGGAUCAAGAAAAUUAAGAAUAAAUAUACACGACAACACUCAAAAAAUUCUAAAUCUAACGAACUUGAGAACGAAAGUAUAGAACUUCCAUAUAUUUGCUUUGAAGAUGUUGUUAUUGCAACUGACAAUUUCUCAGACUGCAACAUGCUCGGGAGAGGUGGCUUCGGAAAAGUUUACAAGGGACGGUUAGAAGGUGUCAAUGAAGUUGCUGUCAAAAGGCUUAGUAAGAAUUCUGGGCAAGGAGCCGAUGAGUUCAGAAAUGAAGUAGUUCUGAUUGCCAAAUUGCAGCAUAGAAGCUUAGUUAGGCUUCUUGGUUACUGCACUCACGAAGAUGAGAAGUUGUUGAUAUAUGAAUGCUUACCUAACAAAAGCUUAGAUGCCUUCCUUUUUGAUGCCACAAGAAAUUUUGUGCUUGAUUGGCCGACCCGGUUUAAGGUAAUUAAAGGGAUAGCAAGAGGGCUUCUUUAUCUUCAUCAAGAUUCAGGGCUAACAAUAAUCCAUAGAGAUCUCAAAGCAAGCAAUGUCUUGUUAGAUGCGGAAAUGAACCCUAAAAUAUCAGAUUUUGGUAUGGCAAGGAUCUUUGGAGGAAAUGAGCAACAAGUGAACACUAUCCGUGUUGUCGGGACAUACCGUUACAUGUCUCCUGAAUAUGCAAUGGAAGGUUCCUUUUCUGUCAAGUCUGACACGUAUAGCUUUGGUGUUCUACUGUUGGAGAUUGUAAGCGGGUUAAAGAUCAGCUCAUCCCAUCUCACAAAGGAUUUUCCAAGCCUUGUAGCUUAUGCAUGGAGCUUAUGGAAAGAUGGAAAUGCAAGGGAAUUGGUGGACUCGUCCAUUACGGAGAUCUGUCCACUUCAUGAAGUUCUGCGGUGUAUUCAGUUAAGUCUCUUGUGUGUUCAAGACGAUCCAAGUGCUCGUCCACUCAUGUCAUCCACCGUGUUCAUGUUAGAAAAUGAAACAGCCCCGCUUCCUACUCCGAAGGAGCCUGUAUAUUUUAGGCAACGGAAGUAUGAAGUUGAAGACCAAAGGCAUGACUAUGACCUGGAAAUGUCUCUUAAUGGCAUGACUAUGACAAUGGAAGAGGGGCGUUAAAUGUUUAGUUCCAUUGUUUUCCUUUUUGUAAAAUUCUCUAUUUUCAUAAACGGAUUCCAUAUUUUGUGAACUGCACUAAUGGAAGACCACCUGAUCAUGUGUGGAUCACUACUUACGCAGUUGUUCCCUCUUGAUGAAUUUUUUGCAUCCUAGCUUCCUCGGUUAGUCAAUGGGUCUGGAACUUUGAAUUGCUGUACUGGUA